AAUCGAUGUUCAACACAACGCAACAUUGUGUAAGAUAUUUCUGCUCUGUUACUCUACAAUGUAAAUAAAAACAGCCAUAAAAGCAAGCGUAAGAGCAUGGGUUUAUAGUUAGGCUUAUGUAAAAAUGCAGGAGCUAACUAAUUCGAAGUCAUGCUUUAAAUAUAAUAAAACUUUCGACGGCAUUCCGUGUGUACAUAUAAAAGCUGAUGAAUCUUCUCCAGCUCAUGAAGUUUACUCCAAACGAAAAAAAACCUCCAAUAAUGAUGCUGCUACAUAUUUUACUCAGUGUAUUAUCUCCAUUAGUUUACAGCAGCGAAGACGUAUCCUCCAGAGGUUUUUCCAUUGUAGGAGGGCACGAUAUCGACAUCACAGAUGUGCCAUAUCAGGUUUCGUUGCAGACUAAAAAUCAUAGUCACAUUUGCGGAGGCUCGAUCAUUUCCCCCUCCUGGAUUCUAACAGCUGCACAUUGUACUGAACACGAAAACAUAACUGUUUAUGGGGUUAGAGUUGGAAGCGUUAACUAUUCCUCAGGCGGGGAAUUUAUUCCCAUCAAGAAAAUAUUUCCACAUCCAAAGUAUAAUGCCACAUCUUUCGAUUAUGAUUUUUCAUUGCUGCAGUUGGCUAAGAGGAUAGUUUUGAAAAGUAUUUCUCAGAUAGUAGCUUUACCAUUACAAAAGCAAGUUGUUUUAGCAAACACGCCUUGUAUUGUCUCUGGAUGGGGUAAAACUCGAGACACAGACAGCGAACCAUCUGAAAUUUUACAAGCUACUAGCGUUCUCGUGUAUAAGCAAAAGGACUGCAAUGAAAUAUAUGGCGGAGUGACAGAUCGUAUGAUUUGUACUGGAACUCACGGACAAAGAGGCGCCUGUAGAGCAGACUCUGGGGGUCCUCUAGUGGCUAGCAGACAACUUAUUGGAGUUGUGUCAUGGGGUGGGCCUAGCUGUGGAAACCCUGAAUAUCCUGAUGUGUAUGCAAGGGUAUCUGCAGUACGUGGUUGGAUUUAUCACGUGACUAAUAUAUAAGUUACUCUUAUUCCUGAGCUGUAAUACAUCCACUAUUUCGUUUACAAAAAAAGUUGUUCGAACAGUGGAUUGAAUUUCAAUGAAAUCUAUUCAGUUGCUUUAUUUCGUAAUUAAUGAAACCAAGAGAUAAAUGUUUUUUUUUGUCAAAAGCUGAACCUUU